AUGUCAAAUAUAUUUAUAGGUUGUGGUCAAAUUUCUGUAUUUUUGCUCAGUCAAAAAAAUCUACCAUAAAUAUAAAAACAGUUUGGAAAAUUUGUGUUUUAUUUUAAUAUUUUCCGAAUUGAAAAGAUGUCAAUAAUUGCCGCAUUUUCAAAGUUAUGUGUUAGCAAUGCAAUCAAAACUAUACACAGAUGCUCCCAACAACAGUUCCAUAUGACACCAAUUGUGUACGCUGAACCAAUGAAAAAGCGGAAACGUUUGGACCCGGCCAUCAUCAAGAGUCGUAUUGAUCGAAGAAAGAGAAAGAUCGAAAAGGCAAUUCGUCGGCUGCAGAAAAAUAGCCGACAACUCAAACCAAUCGAAGAGGUUGAGAAACCAAAGGCCCUGGUAAAAAUUGAGGAUCAAAUUGCUCGUAAGCGUCCACCAAUCCAAUUGAACGAUGAACAAAGGGAUUAUAGAGCUCUACUUCAAAAGGAUUGGACACGAUACAAGCGGCAGCAAAACCUUGAAUUGAAUCAGAUUUGCAAGCAAAUUUUCGAAAGUCAAAACAAAGCUCUACAAGAACUUCGACUUGAAUCGGAGGUAUUGUAUCAAGCGGCCAUUCAACCUGAUGAAAAUCUACUACCAGUAACUCUUAAAGGACCUGUAAAUACGCCACCAAUCAAAAAUUAUGACUCACCAGACGGAGAAUACAAGGACGUUAGCAAAAAGUGGGAUUGAUGUGGUUUUAUGAUAUUCUAUGUAGAUGAGAUGGGCAUACACGAAAAUGCGAAAAAAAACUUAUGAAAUAUAAAUUAAUAGAAAAAAU